AUGGGCCGAUUAAGAUUGCUUGCGUUCUCCCAAAAAUCGCUGCUCAAAAUUCUGUGUCGGCGGACCAGUUGCUCUAAUGGAGCCUUAUGCGGGAGACCUUUCCAAUCCCAACGCGCCUUUAUGCAUUCACCAGCAAACAAUUAUUGGCGCAUUCAGUUGGGAAGACAUGCCGAUUUUGCGACUUAUGAGGUUCUAUUGUCCAAACGGCUUAUUCAUGCCACAGGAGUUCUCGGUUCAGUUGAACAAGAUUAUUAUAAGAUUCUUGGCGUUUCAAACAAUGCCACUCGAGAUGAGAUUAAGGCUGCUUUUCGUUCUCUUGCUAAGAAGUAUCAUCCUGAUGCCAACAAGAAUAAUCCUACUGCCAAGAGAAAAUUUCAAGAGAUAAAAGAUGCGUAUGAGACCUUACAGGAUCCUGAAAAGAAAACCCAAUAUGAUAGGAUAAGAGGGCAAUCAGGAAGAACUGAAAGUUCAGAAUAUCAUAACAGGGACUGGAAUCACUUUAAACGUACACCCAGAGCCGAGUUCUCUGAUUCUUUUCAAAAAAUAUUUUCUGAGAUCUUUGAAGAAGAGACUGAGCAUAUGAAUAAUGAUAUUGAGGUGGAACUUGAGCUUACGUUUUCUGAAGCCGCUGAAGGAUGCAUAAAGCAAGUGUCUGUUGAUGCAGAUUUGCCAUGUGAUAUUUGCUAUGGUCGAGGCCAUCCAUUGAAUGCUGAGAUGAAAAUAUGCCCAACCUGCCAAGGCUUGGGGAAAGCAACAAUUCCACCGUUUAUUACAACAUGCAACACCUGUAAAGGAGUUGGGCGCAUCACUAAGGAUUAUUGCAUGGCAUGUAAAGGGUCAGGGGUCGGCAAAGGUGUCAUGGAUGUUAAAGUAGCUAUACCUGCAGGUUGUGUGGAGUCUGGUGAUACUAUUCGUGUGGCAAAAGCUGGGAAUUUUGGUAGAGGGGGAAAGUCUUCUGGCAACCUAUUCAUAAAACUAAAGGUUGCAGAAGAUCUUAAAUUUUCUAGGGACGGCUCUGACCUUUAUGUGGACACUUGUAUUAGCUUUACUCAAGCUAUUCUUGGUGGUAGCGUUGAGGUACCUACACUUUCUGGGAAUAUGCAACUGCAAAUACCCAAGGGGGUUCAACAUGGGCAGUUGGUAACACUAAGGGGCAAAGGGUUGCCAACGGGCGGUUUUUUUGUUGGCCGUGGAAAUCAGUAUGUACGCUUCAGCAUAAAGUUUCCUAUUGCAGUGAACAAGCAGGGACUAACAAGUGGCAUCAGAGCCAUGGCAAGCCAAGAUGUUGCGUCGAUGGUGCAAGGGAGCGGAGCAUACGCUUCACCACGCCAGGAGGUCAUCAUCCACAGGACCGUGCGGGACGUUGGCGGGGCCAACUGGCCGGUCCUCACACGCACGAACUACGGCGAAUGGGCGGUGCUGAUGAAGGUCAAGUUGCGUGGGCGCAAGCUUUGGCGGGCCCUCGAGGAAGGCACCGAGGAUGAAGAAGAGGACUGCGCAUCGAUGGAAGCGAUUCUGUCCGCUAUGCCUCACGAGUACGUGGAGUCGCUGGGCGCAAAGGACUCCGCAAAGGCUGCUUGGGACGCCAAGCCAUGCGCAUCGGGCGAGGCAGUGGAGGAUUUCUCGCUCCGUUUGCAGUCGCUCGUCAGUCAGCUGGCGGCGCACGGCGUCACCAUCACCGACGAGGAGGCGGUCGCGAAAUACUUGCGCGUCGUGCCGCCUAAGUAUGCCCAGAUAGCGCUCUCCAUCGAGACGUUGAUCGACAUGUCCACCCUCACGAUUGAGGAUGUGACUGGGCGCUUGAGGGCAGUGGAUGACCGCGUGGAGACGGCGACGAUAUCUACCAGCGGCAAGUUACUACUGACCGAGGAAGAAUGGGCAGCUCGUAUGCGCGAGGCGACCCGGGGAAGGCUCCUCUAG